AUGGGAUCCGUCCUCUCCGCCCUUCGCGGCGCAACAAAAACCGUCGGCGCCGUAGCAAAGCUCCUCCUGGACCUGAACAAGACUUACCAAGCCCUCCUGGCCCGCGUCAACGCCCCGCCGGGCCUGCCGCACGCGAACCCUUCGAGCCCGUACUGGCUCGACGACCCGCCGUUUCCGGAGCUGGUGGACGCGCGGUCCGAGAAGCUGCCGGCGGAGGCGGAUGUUGUUAUCAUCGGGAGCGGGAUUACGGGGGCUGCGGUGGCGAGGAGUCUGUACACCGCCGCAAGGGAUGCAUCGGAUGGAGAAGAAGGGGGGAAGAAGGGGCCUAGGGUGGUAGUUCUCGAGGCGAGGAGUUUGUGUGCCGGUGCGACGGGGCGGAAUGGAGGACACGUCAAGGCGAGUCCACAUGAGCUCUUUACGAAGCUGGCAAAGUAUUUCGGCAAAGAGGGCGCGGCGAGGUUGACUCAGUUUGCGUUAAGGACCGCCGAGGCCGUGUUGGAGGUUGGUGGGGAGGCGGGCAGGGAAGUGGCCGAGUGUAGGCGCGUCGAGACGGUGGAUUUCUUCCUCGAUGAUGAGGGAUUCGAGGCGGGGAAGAAGGAGGUCGAAGAGUUGAGGGGGUGGGUGCCCGAGGUUGAGAUUGCGGUGCUUGGGAGGGAGGAGACGAAGGCGAAGUUUGGGGUUGAGAGGGCGCAUGUUGCGGGUGGGUUGGUGUAUUCUGCUGGCGCGAUGUGGCCUUACCGGCUUGUUGCGAAGAUUUGGAAAGAGCUGGUUGUUGAGUUUGGGGGUAGGUUGAGCUUGGAGAUGAAUACGCCUGUUGAGGAGGUUGUGGUUGAUGGUGACGGGGGUGGGAGGCCAUAUGUUGUGAGGACGGCGAGGGGGUCGAUCAAGGCGAGGCAUGUUGUUCAUGCUACGAAUGCGCAUGCGGGACAGUUUUUGCCUGGGUUGAGGGGGAAGAUGGCGGGUGUGAAGGCUCAUAUGACUGCCCAGCGACCCCCGACGACGACGCCCUCCGGGCAAACGACUCAGCAAGAAGAAGGAGGAGCAGGCUUCCAGUGGCCGGACAACAGCCGCACCGGAAGCAAAUCAUGGAGCAUCAUCUACGGCAACGGCGCCUUUGACUACGUCACGCAGCGGCCCAAUGGGGACGUAAUGCUCGGCGGCGGGUUCGCGCGGAGCGCGGGCGAGGGAGUGGACAUGGUUGGCGUGUACGACGAUUCCGGGACGGACGGGAUGACGAUUGCGCAUGUGUCUGGGGUCAUGAGCGCCGUGUUUGGGGCAAGGUGGAGGGGGGAUGUGGUGAGGGUUUGGAGUGGUGUUUUGGGUGUUACGGGGGAUAUGGCGCCUUUUGUUGGGCGGGUUCCUGCGAGUGUUGGGAAGACGGUCGAUGAGCUGGAGGAGGAACACCCGUGGAUGGGGGCUGAGGCUGGACAGUGGGUUAGUGCUGGGUAUUGUGGUGAUGGCAUGGUCUGGGCUUGGCUUUGUGGGACGGCGUUGGGGGUUAUGAUUGCAGGCAAGGAGGAUGUUGUGCUUGAGAAAGGGGUUGGGUUCCCUGGUGGCAGGUUGGCGGAGUGGUUUCCCAAGGAGCUGUUGCUUACGGAGGCGAGGUUGAGGAAGGCUGAUAUGAGUAAUCUGGUGGACGAGAUAUAA